AAGAUAGUGGGGUCUUUUUUAAGUGGCUAAUUUUUUAUGGUAUAUAAAGCUAAACUAACAGUGAGUAUUACAAUUGUCAAACAUGAAGACUACAUUGGUUUUGUCUUUUCUGUGUUGUGUCAGUCUUACCUUUGCUCAAAUCGGUAAAACCCACACCCCGAAGCCCCAUACUACCCCCGAGCCUACUACUCAAGAGCCUAAUCCUGAAGCUGAAUUUGAUUGCGAUGCCUGCAUUGUAUUUACAACUGUCAUCAAGGAUUUAGUGAUUGACGAAAUAGCAAUAGACGAAGUUGAAAGAGACGCAGACACAUUAUGCGCCAUUCUACCACGUCACUUGAGAGAAUAUUGCCAGCAUGAAUUGCUUCCAAAAACUGACAGAAUCUAUGAAAUGCUGUACGAACACACUCCUCAAUGGGUGUGCGACAAGUUGAACUUCUGUUAAAGACACAUUAAGAAUCUUUUUGCAACAUGUAUGCCUUUUUUUAAUUGUAUAAUAAAUAUGUAACUCCAA